UCCCCAUGGGGCGUGUGGUGGUUCUCCUCUCCAGUCUAAAUGAUGUCACUUUCUAAAAAGGCUGUCAGCAAGAAUGUAGGUGGCACCCAAACACAGUAGCAGGGAGAUUCCCGCAGUAAACCUCACACACUGUCAACAAGGCGCUCCAGUGAAAUAGUCCUGCACUUUACUUGGAUAGUCUCUGCUUCUCAUUUCACCGGUUAUCAACCAGGGGAAGGCAUUCAGGGAAGACUGUAGGAGUCUCUUCGUGUGCCUCAUGGCUGCGGUACUUGGAAACAGCACCCGAACUACGGGAACUUCAGAUUGUGAGCUGAGAAGCCACUUCAGAAGGAGAAAGAGGAGGUCGACAAGAAAAGAGAGAACCAGUAUGCUGUCAUCCUUCAUCAGCCCUAUGAAGAUUAGAGAUAGUGGGACAACAACAUCAAAAGACAAUGGAGACACUUCAAUUAGCAGCAGCGCUGAGGUGAAGGAGAAUCGUCAUAGCACAAAUCAAGUGGACUAUUCAACCAUACGACAACCUGCACAUCAUCAACCAGCUCUUUACACUGACAUCUCCAGAGAGCUCUCCAGGACUACUGCUCUAAAGAGGAAGCAGCCAUUGGUGGAAGGAAAAGACAGUCUUCUCUAUGAACUCCAGUUGAUCUGUAAGAGGACGGCCCAUUGCUUUACAUCAGAUAGCGCCACGACUCCAUCUGCACUGUCGGUUGAGGGAGGAGCAUCACGCGGGAGUGACGCAACCUGUCGGAAGACAAUGAGGACUUCAUGGUCUGUCACAAAGAAGAACGCCCUGGUGCAGUUGAAUGAGCUGAGACCAGGUCUACAGUAUGAGAUAGCAUCCUGGACAGGGCCAGUUCACGCCCCUGUGUUCGCUGUAGGAGUAGAGGUCAACGGUCUCAGGUUCGAGGGCCGAGGCCCCACCAAGAAGAAGGCUAAGAUGAGAGCAGCAGAGAUGGCUCUUAGGUCCUUCAUCCAGUUCCCCAAUGCCCCUCAGGCUCACAUCACCAUGGGAAACCUUAACUUUAUCAACACCACAGCACCAGCAGACUUCACCUCAGACCAGGCCGUUCUCAUCCCUGACACGCUCUUCAAGGAGUUUGAGCCAGAAGCAAACGAAGACCAAUUCCUUUACCACAGGACAGACGGAAAGGAGUUGCAAUUUGAGGAGCCACCAGCGCAGGGAGAUACACAACUCCUAUACCACAGCCACAGGACAGGGGGAAAGGGACAGGAGUUGCUCUCCAGCAUUUGUAACCAUGGGAGACUAGUAUGCCUGACCCUUGACCUGAUGUCCUCAGCUAAUCAGAAGAGGCAGAGGAUCGGUUCCUCCAUUGUUGAGGAGCUGAGGCCUGUGGCUCUGCUCAAUGAGUUAAGGCCAGGCCUGAGGUACGUCUGCCUGAUGGAGAGAGUGCGGGGCAGGCCGAUCAGGAGCUUUGUGAUGGCAGUGAGGGUGGAUGGAAGGAUAUUUGAGGGCUGUGGGCGCAGUAAGAGACUGGCUCAAGCCCAGGUAGCUACCUCAGCCCUACAGGACCUGUUUAACAUCAGUCUGGGGCCUGAGACUAGCAUCAGUCGUACUGCCAGCUGGGCCAAGAGCUCUCAGCUACCUCAGUGCUUUGCAGAGUCAAUCUUCCACUUGGUGAGAGAGAAACACAGUCAGCUAGACUGUUACUGCCCUGCCUCCCACACCCGUCACAAAGUACUGGCAGGCAUCGUAAUGACCAGAGGUUUUGACGUUAGGCGAGGCCAGGUGGUGUCUCUGGGGACAGGGACCAAGUGUUUCAGUGGAGUGUGUGUCAGUGACCAGGGAUGGACGGUUAAUGACUGCCAUGCUGAGGUCAUCACAAGGAGGGCUUUCCUCCGCUUUCUCUACACCCAACUGGAGCUCUUCCUCUGUAACCAGCCAGACAGUUUGGAGCAGUCCAUCUUUGUGCGAGACAAAGAGUCUGGGUACAGACUGAGAGAUGGUAUUCUGUUCCAUAUGUAUGUGAGCUCAUCGCCCUGUGGGGACGCACGCCUCAAUUGCCCCUACGAGGUAACAGCUACACACCACAGCUGGCACAGAUUUGUAAGGAAGUUACGCUGCCAUCUGAGGAUGAAGAUGGAAGGCGGUGAGGGUACACUUCCUGUCAGCGUACGGAGAGCCAAUCAGAAAUGGGACAGGGGGUUGCCGAGGGAACCUCCGGUCACCAUGUCCUGCACAGAUAAAAUGGCCAGGUGGAAUGUUCUAGGUCUCCAGGGCUCUCUCCUGUCUCACCUGGUGGAGCCAGUGUACCUCCACAGCCUCACUGUGGGCAGCCUGUGCCACACGGGUCACCUGGGAAGGACCAUGGCACGACGCAUGGGGCACAUCAGCCCCACGUCCUCCUCCUAUAGACACAACAGCCUACUCCUCGGCUGCCUCAGCAGCAGUGAGGGUCGGCAGCCAGGGAAGUCCCCCAGGUUCAGUGUGAACUGGAGUGCUGGAGACGGGGAGCUGGAGGUGCUGGAUACCUCUACAGGCAGGAGGAAAGGCUCAGGGACACCAUCCAGACUCUGCAAGAGAUCCCUCUUCACUCGUUGGGAGAGACUACACCACCAGCUGAGCAGGCCAGGACAAGUGUUGGGUGACGAGAAGGCCAUAAAGACGUACUGUGGAGCUAAGAUGACAGCGGGGGCCUACCAGAGAGCCAAGCAGAAGUUUGUCCUCUCACUGCAGGAGGCAGGCCUGGGCAUCUGGAACAGGAAACCACCAGAACAGGAGCACUUCCAGAGCAGCGUGUAAGGGGUUCUUAUAGAAGAAGCAAUUCCCUCACACACACACACACUCACAUGCGCUCUUCCUAUCAUGGUCACUAAGACCAUAGAGGUCCUAUAACACAAUGUUACCGUGAUAGGGAGAGCACAUGUACAGGUAACCCGCCAAAAUAAUGGAAACAUUUGAGUAAAUGAAGGAUACAAAGUAUAUUGAAAGCCGAGUUAAUUAAGCCGUUAAUAUUCUAUAAUGCUUAGGGUCAUGUAUAGAAAUGCUGGAGGAGGAAAGCAUGGAUUAUCAACUAGAUUCAGCCAUGCACUAAAUAAAGGUGAAAUAAAAAAUAAAUUAAAAAAAGGGGGGCGGAACAUAAUUACAGAUCAUUUCUAGGCAAAUUGACCACAAGAAGCCCAAAACAGAUCUAUUUGACUAAAACAUAGUCAUUUCAAACCUUGCUUACAUUUUUAUACGAUCAUGUAUCUUUCUAUGAUUUUGUUUAUGUCCAACAAUGAAAAACCCUAGAGGUCUUCUCAGGUCCAAAAAUGUGGACAUGGACACGAAUGGACAAAUUAUUUAAAGAAUUUUUAAAAGGGGACCCGAACCUGACAACAAUCAGACCCGAGCAUAAAUGGACCCGACAACACCCAGACCUAGACCUGACCUGUACCCUAACAGUUCUGGAUCUAGACCAGACCCCUGAUUGGACCAGAGAGAUAUUUUUUUAAAUUUGCAACUAAGUUGCUCUUCUGGUUAACAAAUAGGCCUUUAUAUGUUGGCUAGGCCUUCUGUAAAGUCAAUAAACUCACAUUAUAAGUGUAAAAUAAUAUGCUAUAGGCUAUGAAGAGCCAUUCGGGUCAACGUGGGUCUAUCGGCUGUAGUACCUAGACCCAAACCCGAUGACAAUCAAACAGGACCCAAGGGAAAAGUUAUAAUUCUGGACCGCGGUCGGGUAUCGGGUAUUUGUUUUCGGGUACACCCAUGAAGACCCUAUUGGAUGACAAUGCACAGGGCACGAGUGGUUACUGAAUUGUUUGAUGAGCAUGAAAACAAUGUAAACCAUAUGCCAUGGCCAUCUCAGUCACCAGAUCUCAACCCAAUUGAACAAUUAUGGGAGAUUCUGGAGCAGCACCUGAGACAGCGUUUACCACCAGCAAAUUAUGGCAUUUCUUGUGUUGGGGUUUCCUUUAUUUUGGCAGUGUGAGGUGAGUGUGUGAGGAAAUUUGCCUAGCUAAAGUUCCCUGGAUUGCUUCUGUGCACUAUUUGCUUAUCUAUAAUGAAUUUGUAGUCCUGCUUUCAUUCCGCCUCCUCUGUGCAAUCAUAUAACAAUAGUAGCCCAAAGAUGAUCCCAUUUCCCCUUUAGUAAUCCGUCACCCACACCUGUUGAGCUCCCCUUAUUUUUGGUGUCUCCUUACAAUGCAAACGAUAUUCCCUUUCAACCAUUCUGUCAUGUAUUGUCUUGUUCAUUUUUUACAUUGAAUGUUAUUAAAUAGUUUUGAGAGAAAAUUGUCAUUGUAGUACUGGGGAGUCAGUAGACCAUAGUAUGUGACUGGCUAUAGUAUGUGAAACUGGCCAUGAGAAACAUGAAAGAGCAGUGACAUCUAGUGGCUUAAAGAGUACAUUUCAAGUUGACAGUAAUUUACUCAUUUUUAUUUUAUUUUAUCUACAUUACAAUUGCACAUAUAGACAUGUCAUAUAGCUAAUUUAAAUUAAUGAAUGUAUUUCCUCUUUCUGCAAGCAA